AUGAGAUUGGGGUUAGACCGUGAGGUUUACCAAAUUAUUCUCAAACUAGAAGAAGAAGGGAGUGAAAGCGGGCGGAAACCCCGACUCACUGUAGGAUCGGUCUACGUACAGAUAAAGGCGGCAAAGGCGGAACGCGACCAGAAUAUCAUCAAUCGCCAAAUCGCCAAGGCUUGGGGUUUCGCGAACAACGAAAAGAGCGAGAAGAGCGCCGGUACAGACUCUACCAUCACACCUGCUGCGACACCAGCUACAACGCCUGGUGCACCACCACCCGAGGCUAUUGGGAGGGCACCCAGCAUGGAUACUCCUGGCACUACCGGGGACAGGCAAGCGAAUGGGGAACCGCGACCCAAGAAGCGGAAGAGUGGCCCCAAGGAGGUCGACCGGAGCCCUCCAUCAAACGUAUCUAUUCUAGACAUUGCCGGUGUGGACGAUACGCUCGACAGGCUGCUGGGACGAGGAACAUCCGCGACGUGUUCCGACGAGGCCAUUCGCCUCGCACCCUGCCUCGUGUUCUUCGACGAAAUUGAUUCCAUCGCGGGGAGGCGAGAGAGCGCCAACAAGGGAAUGGAGAGCCGUAUCGUGGCAGAGAUCAUGAACGGCAUGGACCGCAUUAAACAACAAACCCCGCUGGGCAAGAACGUGGUAGUCCUAGCGGCUACCAACCGACCCGACUUUUUAGACCCGGCCAUCCGCCGCCGCUUCAGCUCCGAGAUCGACAUGGGGAUGCCAAACGAGAAAGCACGCGAACACAUCCUCCGGUCCUUGACCCGCGAUCUCAGCCUCGCAGACGACGUUGAUUUUAGGGAGCUGGCCAAGCUGACUCCCGGCUACGUCGGUAGUGACCUCCAGUACGUCGUCAAGGCCGCCGUGUCCGGCAGCUGCCGCGGCAAGCUCGAGGAUCUCCUCCGCAAAGCCCGCGCGCUGGGCGCCCCCGACUACCUCACCGCGGCUUCGCAGAAGCAACGCGACUGGGUCCUCCUCGAAGACCACCGCCGCGCGCCCUGGGAGGAGAGCCAUAUCACCAUGGGCCAGUUCAAGUCCGCCGUAUCGCGUGUCCAACCCGCUUCCAAGCGCGAGGGUUUCAGCACCAUCCCGGACACGACGUGGGCGCACGUGGGCGCGCUCGACGACGUGCGCAAGAAGCUUGAGAUGUCCAUCAUCGGGCCCAUCAAAAACCCAGAGCUCUUCACGCGCGUGGGCAUCAAGCCGGCCGCGGGUAUUCUACUAUGGGGCCCGCCAGGGUGCGGAAAGACGCUCGUGGCCAAGGCGGUGGCCAACGAGUCCAAGGCCAACUUCAUCUCCAUCAAGGGCCCAGAACUACUCAACAAAUACGUGGGGGAGUCGGAACGAGCAGUGCGACAACUAUUCGCGCGGGCCAAAUCCUCGGCCCCCUGCAUCCUGUUCUUCGACGAGAUGGACGCGCUGGUGCCGCGGCGCGACGACUCGCUCUCGGACGCCAGCGCGCGCGUCGUCAACACGCUGCUCACCGAGCUCGACGGCGUCGGCGACCGCUCGGGCAUCUACGUCAUCGGCGCCACCAACCGGCCCGACAUCAUCGACGAGGCCAUCCGCCGCCCGGGCCGCCUCGGCACCAGCAUCUACGUCGGCCUGCCCUCGGCCCCGGACCGCGUCGCCAUCCUGCGCACCCUCUUUCGCAACACCGUCUCCAAGGCCCGCGCCGAGCGCCGCCAGCUCGAGGCCGCCACAGCAGCCGGCACCGACGUCGACAUGACCGACCUCCCUACCACCACAACCACCCCCGAAGCGGACCUCGAAAGAGUCGCCCUCGACAUACGCUGCACGGGCUUCUCGGGCGCCGACCUGGGCAACCUGAUGCAGGCGGCGGCGCAAGCCUGUCUGGAGCGGGCCUACCUGAUGCAGCGGACGGGUGGGGGCGGCGGCGCUGCAGGUGCGGCGGCCGACCCGGUGAUCACGGCGGCGGACUGGGAGAGGGCGCUGAGGGAGACGAAGCCGAGUGUGAAGGAUGCUGGGAGGUAUACGCUUGAGGGGUAG